UGGCGCUGUGAGGAAUGGUUCCACGGAAGAGGAUGCGUCUUCGCUGACGGCUCUAUUAGCUAGCUAACUAAUACCAACAACAUUGAACAGUGUUGAGAAAUCACGACUCACUUAUGUCGUAUGUGCAGAACAAAUGUUCCAAGCUUGUCAUACAUUCGUUUUUUUAUUGCCUGCCCUCAAGACGCUAGACUCAAGCCUGAAUACAAGCUGGCGAGCUCUAUUGUGCAUGUUUUCAAACACUGUGCGGAAGUGUCUGUGAACAAGUUGCUAUACAGAGAGAUUUGUGAUGUAGCAACCAGUAAGUGGGAGCUGGCAACAAUCGAACCAUGGAAGAUGAUUCCCCAACCCUGAAACCCAGGCGCAUCCAGAACCAGAAUGUAGUCCAUCGACUGGAGCGGCGGCGGAUCUUCUCUGGACGGGCUGGAGCCCACUGGUACCGCGUGCGCUGCUUCCACCAGAACCUUUUCCCCAACUUCACUGUGGUCAACGUAGAGAAGCCUCCCUGCUUCCUCCGCAAGUUCUCCCCAGAUGGACGCUGCUUCAUAGCCUUCUCCUCUGACCAGACCUCCCUGGAGAUCUAUGAGUACCAGGGCUGCCAGGCGGCUGAGGAUCUGCUGCUGGGGCAGGAUGGGGAGACCCUGGCCAAUGGCAAUGACCAACGCUCCCUCAACAUCCGCGGCCGCCUCUUUGAACGCUUUUUUUCAUUACUGCACGUCACUAAUGUGGCCUCCAAUGGAGAGCACCUGAACCGAGAGUGCAGCCUAUUCACUGAUGACUGUCGCUAUGUGAUCGUGGGCUCAGCGGUCUAUGUGCCCGAGGAGCCCUCUCCACACUUCUUUGAGGUGUACCGCAACAAUGAGUCUGUGACUCCCAACCCCCGCUCUCCGCUGGAGGACUACUCACUGCACAUCAUUGACCUGCACACUGGCCGGCUUUGUGACACCAGGUCCUUCAAGUGCGACAAGAUCAUCCUCUCGCAUAACCAGGGACUCUACCUCUACCGUAACAUACUGGCUGUUCUUUCUGUUCAGCAGCAGACAAUCCAUGUCUUUCAGGUGACAUCAGAGGGGACGUUCCUGGACGUGCGAACCAUUGGUCGGUUCUGCUACGAAGACGACCUCCUCACUCUGUCUGCGGUGUAUACUGAGGCCCGGGCCGAGGGCCAGCCAGGCUUCUCCCGCCUCUACAAGGAGAAGACCAUCAACUCCCUGAAGCACAGACUACUGGUCUACCUGUGGAGACGGGCUGAGCAGGACGGCAGCGCCACCGCCAAGCGACGCUUCUUCCAGUUCUUUGACCAGCUGAGACAGCUGAGGAUGUGGAAGAUGCAGCUACUAGAUGAGCACCACCUCUUCAUCAAAUAUACCAGUGAGGACGUGGUCACCCUGCGAGUCACUGACCCCUCUCAGCCCUCGUUCUUUGUAGUGUACAACAUGGUGAGCACAGAGGUGAUGGCAGUCUUUGAGAACACCUCUGACAAACUGCUGGAGCUGUUUGAGAACUUCUGUGACCUGUUCCGGAACGCCACACUCCACAGUGAAGCUGUUCAGUUCCCCUGCUCUGCCUCCAGCAACAACUUUGCACGGCAGGUCCAGAGAAGGUUCAAAGACACCAUAGUGAAUGCAAAGUAUGGCGGUCACACUGAGGCUGUGAGGAGGCUGCUGGGACAGCUGCCCAUUAGUGCUCAGUCCUACAGCAGCAGCCCCUACCUCGAUCUUUCUCUCUUCAGCUACGACGACAAGUGGGUGUCUGUGAUGGAACGGCCCAAAACAUGUGGAGACCACCCCAUCAGGUUUUACGCUCGGGACUCUGGCUUGCUGAAGUUCAAGAUCCAGGCAGGCCUCCUGGGCCGGCCCAUUAACCAUGCCGUCCGGCGGCUGGUGGCCUUCACAUUCCACCCCUUUGAGCCGUUCGCCAUCUCAGUUCAGAGGACCAACGCUGAGUAUGUGGUGAAUUUCCACAUGCGUCAUGUCUGUGUAUGAGAGGAAAGCAGUGGACUAGACCUGGAGAACUUGGCAUUGUACUGUGUAGAGCAAAAUGCAGUCACUCUGCCUUUUUUCUCCCCCUAGUGUGAGGAACAAAAUAAGACUGGACUGUGGGCGGAACCACUUGAAGUUGAAAUUGGGAGCUUGGGGAUGGGGGAUGGAUUCCUUGCAGGGACCAAAGAUGUUUUUGGCUGGCUCUCAAAAUGUACUUUUUUGGUCACAUUUUAUUCUAUGUAUUUUUAUUUAGCCUUUUUACAUUUGUUUUAUAUUUCAAUAAAAUUAUUUAAAUAUU